CUGAACAAGGCAUUGAGGAAAUAAAUGCUUCUGAGGAAGUGGGCAAAAUUUCUGGUGAUGACAUACGGGGUUCCAGAAAUAUGAGUGAAGAGUCUGAAAAAUUGAUGGAGGAAAUGGAAAAACUACAAAGGAAAUUGAAAGAGCUGCAAGACGAGGGGCAUAAUCAUGAAGAAAGCAUCUUGUCGCCAAGAAGAAAGAAUGUAUUGUUGAAGGAGAAAAUGUUACCAAAACAAAGAUACCCAGAGCUGCAAAUCCCAGAACAUAUUGUGCAGUAUUCCAUGUCACAUAUUGGGAAAGCGACCAAUAACUUCUACUCAAGAAACCUCAUAGGGGAAGGAGGAUAUGGCCUAGUGUACAAAGGAAAACUAGGUGGCGUGCCUGUGGCUAUCAAGCUGUUGAGACCCCAUGGUAAACCCCAUGGUAGACAAGGUUUUCCAGAGUAUCAGCAGGAGGUCGUUGUGCUGAGCAGAAUCAAACACCCACACAUCGUGAAGCUGCUCGGCGUGUGCCCGGAAUCAUGCGGCCUCGUCUACGAGCACCUCCCCAACGGCACACUCAUGGACGGGCUCUCCAAGGGGCUUCCAUGGAAGGACCGUAUCAGGAUCCUCGCCGAACAGCGUUCCGCGCUGGCACACCUACACUCCAGCCGGCCCAACGCCAUCAUCCAUGCGGACCUGAAGUUGACAAACAUCCUCCUCGACGCCGGGAACGUGAGCCGGCUAGGAGACUUCGGGACUGCACGCGUCGUGCAGAUAAAGCCGCUGGAGGAGGACACCAUCUGCCGGCGGACGAACCCGAUGGGCACGAUGGGGUACAUGGACCCCGUCUUCUUCACGACGGGCGAGCUCACCGCGGAGUCGGACGUCUACGCGUUCGGCGUGGUGAUCCUGCAGGUCCUCACGGGGCUGCUCGACCUCAACAUCGUCGAGCAGGUGCAGGAAGCGAUGAAGAUGGACGCCGCGCACGGCCUGCUGGACGCGUCCGCCGGCAGCUGGCCGGAGGUGCAGGCUGAGCGGCUCAUGCGGCUGGCUCUGAGGUGCUGCAACCUGGAGCGGAACCGGCGGCCAGCUGCCACCUCCGAUGCUGACUGGCGAUCGCUGGACAUCCUGCGGACCAUGGCGACUGCAAGUAAAUCCCGGAAAUGGAGUCAUGCAAACUGAAGAACCAUGCCAGCAG